AUGAAUCUUAAGCAUACCCUCCUUGUUACCCUCAGCUCCCUUGCCUACCUCGUCCAGUCCAGCCCAGUCGAGGUCAGCCACAUAGGGUACACGCCCUCGCAACCAGAAGCGCAAAGCCACGGUUCCAACCUUGAAGCCCGCAGAGAAUGGGGCGUGUGGCUGGAUGUGUAUAAAUCCGGCGACUGUAGCUCUGGCUGGGAGUCCCAGCCCACCUCAGGCUGGCUCUGGACACACCAGUGCAAGAACAUCGAGUCAUAUACAUAUGGGGCUCGGUUGGGCACUGUCGAGCAGGAUAAGGAAAUGUGGCCGUUCUGCAAGCUAAAGUUCUGGGAGAGGCCAGAUUGCCACGGACACGCGACAGUCACGUAUAUACAGGACACGGAGGUGAAGAAAUGGAAAUCUGCAACUGGGGAAUACAAGUGUAUUGCAACGGCAAACAAAGGGGGGCAGUUUUAUCUAAGUGGUGGGGCGUCAAGUGUGGAGUUGAUUUGUGAAGGGGCCUGGGCGUAG